ACCCCAAAAGAUAAAAAGCAUUAAGGUGGAUGGACAAGGCAAGGAAUCUCUCUGAACAAUAUUACUUUUGCUUUAGCUUUGCUCUAAUCCCAAGUGACACAAAAAUUCCCCACCACCUUUGGGUUCCUAAUUCUUGCCUUCAGGACUGGUUCUUUCUCUAAGCACAUCUUCCUUGUAGGGCUGAGGAAGCAACCUCAGCCCCUUUCUCCAUAGAAUGAAGCUAGUGGUUGAAGUAAUAGAAGCCCAUGAUCUUAUGCCCAAAGAUGGUGAAGGCUCAGCCACCCCCUUUGUUGAAGUAGACUUCGAAAACCAACGCAUUCGAACCAAAUCCCUCGAAAAAACACUAAACCCCCACUGGAACGAGCAGCUCAUUUUCAACGUUACCGACCCCAAAAACCUCCAUAACAGAGGCAUCGAGGUUUACGUCUACAACGAGAAGAGGUCCCUGCACAGGCGCAACUUCCUCGGAAAGGUAAGAGUCUCAGGCUCUAGUGUAGUCAGAGAGUCCGAAAAGGCUCUCCAAACCUUCCCCUUGGAAAGAAGAACACUCUUCUCAUUUGUCAAGGGAGAUAUCACCCUCAAAAUCUACCUGUCCACCAAUAACAAACUUGAAACACCACCACCCUUGAUUAAUAAUACCAGUACUAGCCCCACAACCUUAGCCAAACCACCACCACCAUCCACCACUGAUAGUCCUGAUAACAAGGCUCUAACUUCACCACCAUCUACUACUGAUAGUACUGCUAAAACUACUGAUAAUACCCCAACUACACCACCACCAACUGAUUCCAAUACUAGUAAUUCUAUUAGUACUAAAUCUGUUGGUGAAGUUGCACCGCCUGAGGAGAUCAAAGAACCAAUAGAAGUGAAAAUCUCGACAACUCAAAUUGUAAACAAACAAGAAGUUACUCAACAACCAAGUAGAGUGGUCGAACAGAGAAGGCCACAGGGCAUCCCAGUUGUAACCAUGAACAAUUACCAAAAUAUUGUUCCCCCUCCACCAGGGACUCACCAUCAUGGGGACUUUGGGCUCAAGAACACGAGCCCUCACCUUGGCACGGGGUGGUCGAACCGAGAAUUUGCUAGCACAUAUGACUUAGUGGAGCAGAUGCACUAUCUUUAUGUGCGCGUGGUUAAGGCCAAGGACCUCCCUGCUAGCUCAGUGACAGGUAGUUGUGACCCUUAUGCCGAGGUCAAGCUUGGUAACUAUAAGGGUACCACAAAGCAUUUUGAGAAGAAGCUUAACCCUGAGUGGAACCAGGUUUUCGCUUUCUCAAAGGAGAGAAUUCAGUCCUCCAUGCUCGAGGUCUUUGUUAAGGAUAAGGAGAUGGUGGGCAGAGAUGAUUACCUAGGAAGGGUUGUGUUUGACCUAAAUGAAGUCCCCAAGCGGGUUCCACCUGAUAGCCCUUUAGCUCCACAGUGGUACAGGUUGGAAGAUAGAAAGGGCGAGACCAAGGUUAGGGGAGAGAUGAUGCUUGCAGUUUGGAUGGGAACACAAGCUGAUGAGGCUUUCCCUGAAGCAUGGCAUGCUGAUGCAGCAACAGUUCAAGGAGAAGGGGUUUUCAGCAUAAGAUCGAAGGUUUAUGUGUCCCCUAAGCUUUGGUACCUAAGAGUUAAUGUGAUCGAGGCUCAAGAUCUGCAACCGAGUGACAGGGCUCGGGUUCCUGAAGCUAGUGUAAAAGUUCAGGUGGGACACCAAGUGCUCAAGACCAAGCCUUCGCCAGUUCGAACCCCGAACCCACUCUGGAAUGAAGACCUAAUCUUUGUGGUAGCUGAGCCCUUUGAAGAGCAGCUUGUUCUCAUGGUGGAAGACAGGGUUAGCCCAUCAAAGGAUGAUGUUUUGGGGAAGAUUGCACUCCCCUUAACAAUAUUCGAUAAGAGAUUGGACCAUAGGCCAGUACAUUCUAGAUGGUUCAACCUCGAGAAAUUUGGGUUUGGAGUUUUAGAGGGAGACAAGAGGAAAGAGCUCAAGUUCUCUAGCAGGAUCCAUUUGAGGGUGUGCCUAGAAGGAGGUUAUCAUGUGUUGGACGAGUCAACGAUGUACAUAAGUGACCUUCGCCCAACUGCAAAGCAACUAUGGAAGCCCCCGAUUGGGAUUUUGGAGGUGGGUAUAUUGAGUGCUCAAGGGUUGCUUCCAAUGAAAACCAAGGAUGGGAGACAAACAACCGAUAGCUACUGUGUGGCCAAGUAUGGACCAAAGUGGGUUCGAACCAGAACAAUUAUAGACAGCCUCAGCCCCAAAUGGAAUGAGCAAUACACAUGGGAGGUCUAUGACCCUUGCACUGUCAUUACCCUAGGAGUCUUUGAUAACUGCCAUUUGGGCACACCAACCAGCUCAGCCAGCGAUUCAAGAAUCGGAAAGGUAAGAAUUCGUCUCUCCACCUUAGAAACAGACCGAAUAUACACCCACUCCUACCCACUCUUGGUUCUUCACCCAUCUGGCCUAAAGAAGAUGGGUGAGCUUCAACUAGCCGUUAGGUUCACAUGCACAUCUCUUGUGAAUAUGGUCCAUCUCUAUGGCCAUCCCCCACUUCCCAAGAUGCAUUACAUACAUCCAUUCAGUGUGAACCAGGUCGAUAACCUAAGGUACCAAGCAAUUAACAUAGUUGCCAUGAGGCUUGGGAGAGCAGAGCCCCCACUGAGAAAAGAGGUUGUCGAUUACAUGCUAGACUUUGAUGCUCAUGCAUGGAGCAUGAGGAGAAGCAAGGCCAACUUCUUUAGAAUUAUGUCACUCCUAUCAGGCGUGAUAUCGGUGGGAAAGUGGUUCGAUGACGUGUGCCAUUGGAAGAACCCCAUAACCACAGUGUUGGUUCAUAUCCUAUUCCUCAUAUUGAUCUGGUACCCAGAACUCAUACUACCCACCUUGUUCCUAUACAUGUUCUUGAUAGGGAUUUGGAACUUCAGGUUCAGGCCUAGGAACCCACCUCAUAUGGACACCAAGCUCUCCUGGGCUGAGGCAGUGCCCCCCGAUGAGCUCGAUGAAGAAUUUGACUCUUUUCCAACUUCAAGGCCUCAUGAUGUUGUAAGGAUGAGGUAUGAUAGGCUGAGGAGUGUGGCAAGAAGGAUUCAAACUGUGGUGGGAGACAUGGCUACACAAGGAGAGAGGUUUCAAGCCCUUCUGAGUUGGAGGGACCCUAGGGCUACAAGCCUUUACAUUCUCUUCUGUUUAAUUGCAGCAGUUGUGCUCUAUGUAACUCCCUUUAGGGUUGUAGCUCUCCUCUUGGGGCUCUUUGUGCUUAGACACCCGAGGUUUCGAAGCAAACUACCUUCCGUUCCAAGUAAUUUCUUCAAGAGACUGCCAGCUAAAGUUGACAGUAUGCUAUGAGUGUUCGCUGUCACUUGUAAAAUGAAGGCAUGGAAGGCGAAUAGUUUUAUGUGUGACUUUGUAUUUGCUGUUUGUUCUUGUGUUUGGCUGUUGUAUCAAGAAAUCCAGAAUGAUGAACAAUGUCUGGCAAUUGUUCAAAUUUGAAUGUUAUCAUUUUAUUUUUUUUGUA